AUGCGCGUCAACCGCUUCUUGGUACCUUUGAUGGCGGGAUCGGUCGUUUCGGCGCCCGUACCCGAGUCCGAACCUAAACAUCAACUCGAGGUUCGGAUGAAUAGCGUGCCCACGGCAGUCGUCGGAGGUGUGGCCGCUUGCAUAGCCUGCGCGGUUGGGAUCGUUGGCUACAAGAGUUAUAAAAUCGCCCAGCAGACUUUCCAGCUCACCACGGCCAAAUACGCGCUUGACAUGGCUUCAACCAGGCAGGCAAUGGAAAUAGCAUCGGAAAACCAAAAGCAGACCCAGGGAAAGGCUUUGAUGGACGCCUUGAAAGCUGCCAUCGAUAUGAAAACCAAAGUUAUAGACGACAAUAUCGAAGUGAUCAAAAAGGCCGAUGCAAAGAACAAGUUCGCCAUGGGGUAUACGGCCGAGGUUGCUAAGCUCAAGUCUACUUACACCAACGAACUCGUACGUGGCGCCAAUGAAUUUCCGAUAACGUCGGAUUCAGUGGCGGUCAAAGGUACGAGCGCCUACUGUGCGGGGCUGCAAAAACUUCUCGAAGCAAGUAUCAGUGAAAUGGAAAAAGUGGUGGCGGAAAAAAGCCGGUCUCCCAGCCCCGUCAACCCGCCCGCCGGCAGCAACCCCGUGAGCCCAGGCAGCCUCAGCAGGAGUAAUUCCAUGAGCCGUACCGGGGGCAACACUGGGGGCAGUCCGGCUGUAGCCAGCCCGGCCGGCCGCAGCAGGAGUGGUUCCCUGAGCAGUUCCGGAGAUAGCACUGGCGGCAAGGGGCGCCAACCCUCUGUAGCCAGUAGCCUCUCGUCAGGGGCGGCAGCAUUGCGCUCGGCCGAGGAAGGCAGCUAUCCAACGAAGUCGCUCCAGCGCACCAACACCCACGGUGCGACAUCAGGCUCAACAAGCGUCGAUUUGUCAAAUAGCCAAACGCUUAUCAAUAGGCCGACGCGCAAGCUCUCGACUGACUCGAUCAAGGACAAGCCCGCCAAGCUCAACCGUCGCAUGGUGCAGAGGGUGGGGUUUGACGUGUGA